GAGGAGGCGUGGGCACACUCCGCCUCUACCUUUCGGGUGGAUAUGUGCCAGUUUGGGUGCCGGUGGAGGAAGCGCACGCGUGUCGUUUCGCCGAUGCCUUGGCCGUUGGGUUGUGUGCAGCUGCUCAGUGGACUUCUGUUCGUCCUCUUGACCCGGCCGCGUGUGCCAAGCUCGGGUGCCUUUGCCGCGUUGGUGAAGCGAAGAAUCCCGGGCCCCGUCGCCGUGCUGCCAACCGCACCGGGGACCUCGAGUCUCGACCUCUUCAGUCCGGUGCUUCGCUGUUCCUCGGCUCCUCCGCCUGGUCGGCGUUUCUGCGUUGGGUUUCCCCUUCUCUGUCUGUCGACCCCGUCGGUCUCUUCGUCGUCUGUCCUCUUUUAGCUGCCAUGGCCUUGCGAGCUUAUGGAAAUGAGCUCUUUCAAGCUGGUGGCUCGAAGCACACUUUCAGGUACACUCUGGUUGGUGCUCAAAGAGCGAUUAUUUCGCUGAAGGGCUCCCUUGGGCCUGCCUGGGAACUGCUGUCAAGGUGGGAAGCGGUGGAACCUGUCAUACACAGGACGCCUGUGCCCGAGCCGCUGCUUUUGGCGAUGGUGACUCUGGCUUGGCUGAGAGGUUAUAAGCGCUGGUGUGGCUGUGCGUUGCUGGCCUUCUACGGUAUGGCCAGAGUUGGUGAAGUCCUAAACUGCCAACGACGACACCUCCUGCUCCCUGAGGACCUCUUUUUGUUCUGCCCCGCGGUCUUUCUGCGCCUCGACUCUUCGAAGACGUCGUUGCGCGGAAGGCCCAAAGUGCAGCACAUACGCGUCGACGACGUCCGUGCCAUGGCUCUCAUACAGACCGCUUUCGCCGACCUCGAGCCCAACGAACGGUUGUACCCUUUCAGCCCAAGUGCUUUCCGCACCAG